GCGGCGCGGGGCGGGGCAGGCAUGGCGGCCAUGGUGGCAGAGCAGCGUGAGUUGGGGCGGCUCUCGGCACUCGCCGUUUACCGCCUGGUGGCGGGGGCCGGGCGGAUGGAGCGGCGCCGCCGCGGGGCCCCGCUGCCCGCGGGUCGCAAGCGGGCCAAGGCCCGUCUGAGGCGCGGCCGGGCGAGAGGCGGCAGCUCGAAGCCGGAGGUACCGCCGCCCGCCGCGCCCCCGAGCUGCGUGGAGCUUCCCGUGGAGGCCCCCGUGGAGGCCCCCGUGGAGGCCUCCGUGGAGCUCCCCGUUGAGGCUCCCGUGGAGGCUCCCGUGGAGGCCCCCGUGGAUCCUCCGCCCGAGGCGACGGCCACCGGGCCUGACGCGAAACCGCGUGGUAGCCCCGAGGCGAUGCUGGGCGGCCCGCGGCCGGCGGGGGAGGACGGCGGCGGUGUGUCAGGGCUGCUGCGGCGGCUGGCGCGUCUGGAGGACAGCCGGCAGCGGGCGGCCGAGCUCUUCCGCUGGCUGCUGGCCCCGGUGGCGCCGGCGGAGUUCCUGGGGCGGCACUGGGAGCGGGCGCCGCUGCUGGUGCGGCGGGGCGACCCCGGCUACUACGCGGGGCUCUUCUCCACGACCGACUUCGACGCCGCCCUGCGAGGAGGAGAGGUUCACUUCGGCACCCACCUGGAUGUGACCAGUUAUGCCGAAGGAGUGCGGGAGACGCACAACCCCUCCGGCAGAGCCCUGCCUGCUGUCGUGUGGGACUUCUACCAGAACGGCUGCUCCCUGCGCCUUCUCUGCCCGCAGGCCUUCUCCCCCACCGUCUGGCACUUCCUCUCCAUCCUGCAGGAGCAGUUUGGCAGCAUGGCAGGGGCAAACACCUACCUCACGCCCCCGGGUACGCAGGGCUUUGCCCCCCACUAUGAUGACAUCGAGGCCUUUGUGCUGCAGCUGGAGGGGAAGAAGCACUGGCGUGUCUACAGGCCCCGAUCAGGUGCUGAGGUGCUGCCCCAGUUCUCCAGCGCAAACCUCACGCAGGCUGAACUCGGUGAGCCUGUGCUGGAAACUGUGCUGGAGGCUGGGGACCUGCUGUACUUCCCCCGUGGCUUUAUCCACCAGGGUGAUUGUCUCCCUGAUGCACAUUCACUCCACAUCACUGUGUCUUCCUACCAGAGGAAUUCCUGGGGGGACUUUCUGGAGAAGCUCCUCCCAGCUGCCCUGCAGAUGGCCCUGGAGGAAGACGUGGAGUACCGACGGGGGCUUCCCAUGGACUACCUGCGGUAUAUGGGGGUCGCUAACUCUGACACAGUCGAUGCUCGGCGAACAGCCUUUGUGGAGAAGGUGCAGAGCCUAAUAAAGAAACUUGUUGACUAUGCACCCAUCGAUGCUGCUGUGGAUCAGAGAGCCAAGUCGUUUCUUCAUGACUGUCUCCCUCCAGUGCUCACGCAGAGUGAAAAAGCACUGAGUGUCUAUGGCUUCCCGGCCCGGUGGCAAGAUGGAGGCCCCUGCAAUGUUGAUAUCCUGAUAACAAAAGACACCGAAGUACGCCUGCUCCGUCAUGGCAUCGUUAGACUGUGUAAUGAAGAAGCAGGUGUGAUGCUGUACUACACUACAGAAAACUCAAGAGUGUAUCAUAAGGAAGAACCCAAGUUCCUUGAGCUAGAUCCUGAAUAUACCGACAGUAUUGAAUUUCUCCUGUCUUCUUAUCCAAAUCAUGUAAUUGUGGCUAACCUUCCAUGUGAAACCUUGGAGGAAAAGAUUUCUCUAGCGACACUUCUCUUUGAGAAAGGUAUUCUGACUACGAAGAAGCCUCUGGCAAAAGUCUAGCUCCUAUUUUUUCACAAAAUAAAAGUACACUUGUUUAGAAAA